AUGGCUGUAAGGGAAGCAACAUGGGUGUGGGCGCAACGUCUUGGUUUCUACUAUGCAGGCUCCAAGACAUGGUCAAAAGCAAAAACUACCCAGGGCCUAGCGUCCAAUACCACGCAGUGUGUGCAAGCCAUGUCAUGGGGUGACGGCUGUAAUUGUUGGGCAGUCGAUGAAACGCACACCGGAGGUGAGCCGCGCAUGUUGUGCCUUGUCGAGGUCAUGCUGGAGCGGUCUGUUUGGAGGGGAAGGGGGGCAGUUCCAAGUCGUGCCAGGCCGUGGAUCGCUGUGGAGGCAGCUCAAAGGAGGGGUAGUGUAGCGGGCGCUGGUGGAGCGCGUACUAGCCGCAGCAGCGUGAAAACAUCGGUGCAUGUGUCGACAAAGGCAGAGGCCGGUGCUGCCGUGGUCAUCAGACCGGGUAGGAAAGGCAGAUGGAAAGGUGGCCCAGCCGUGCAUUAA